UUUUACCUCAGCAGUGUUCGUCGUCAGUCAGAGCGCAUGCGCGUGGAGCACACUGUUGGCGGCCUUAGAAGCGCUUCGUUGGUGUUUCCAGCGCCUCCAUCUUGCCGCCAUCAUGGCGUACCGCGGCCAAGGCCAGAAAGUGCAGAAGGUGAUGGUGCAGCCCAUCAAUCUCAUCUUCAGAUACCUACAGAAUAGGUCCAGAAUUCAGGUCUGGUUGUAUGAACAAGUUAACAUGCGGAUAGAAGGCUGCAUUAUUGGGUUUGAUGAAUAUAUGAACCUGGUACUGGAUGAUGCAGAAGAAAUUCAUUCCAAGACGAAAUCAAGGAAACAGCUGGGUCGAAUCAUGUUGAAGGGGGACAAUAUUACUCUUCUACAAAGUGUUUCUAACUAGAAGUUGCUAUCCAGUGUUUAUUAUUUGAACCUGUUGACCCUCAGAAGAAAAAAUGUUAUUAAUGCUGUCACUUAAAAUUUCUACUUUGCUGUUUUGAGAAGAGAGAGAAGAAUGAAGCUAGUUACUUAAUUCAUCUUAUCAUUUUGGGUAGCUUUUUUACAUUGGUGGAGACUUGUAGUUCUUUAUAAAUAAACGUUUUUGUUAAUAUA